AUGGUGUUGGAUAAGUGCGACGAACUGGAAGUAAUUACUUCCAGUGUACAUUCAACUACGCCCAAUGAGAUCAAUCGCAAAGAUUUAGAAAAUGAAUAUAAAGCCAGACUCGAGAAGAAAGUGGUGCGAAAGAUAGAUUUCUGGCUCGUUGGGUUUUACUCAAUUGUAUACAUCUUUCGGGUUAUUGAUUCCAACAACUACUCCAAUGCCGCCAUCAUCAAUCUAGAAGCCGGCACUGGAAUCAAGAAAGAGCUCAAUUUUAACUCCGCAGAAUGGGCCUGGACACAAUCUAUCUUCUCCUACAGCUACCUCUUUUUUGAGCCGACCAACACCAUUCUCCUCAAACGAGUCACGCCCUCGAGAUGGAUGUUUGUUCUGAUCCUUGCCUGGGGUAUUUGUGCCUGUGCUGCUGGCGCUGCACAAAAUUUCCCGGGGAUGAUGUGUGUGCGGUUCGCAAUUGGAAUGGCUGAAGCCGGUUUCUACCCUUCUGUGCUAUACCACAUGGCAUUCUGGUACAAGCCGUCUGAGCUGCGCUGGAGAAUAGCUCUUUUCUACUCUCUUGGUCAGGUAUCUGGUGCAUUGAGUGGGCUUCUGGCAUAUGCUAUUAGCUUUAUGGAUGGAGCCGGUGGGCUAUCAGGCUGGCGAUGGCUUUUUGUCAUCGAAGGCCUUCCGGCAAUUGUGCUGUCUGUGGUAGCAUUAUUCGGUCUUCCGGACUACCCCGAAAAUGCCCGCAUGUUGACAGAAGAGGAGAGAGCUUUUCUCAAGGGUCGCCUAUCCUCGUCAGCACCAUCUGGAAAAGACAAAAGCUGGAACUGGGGGGAUAUCAAAAUUCUCCUCUCAAGUCCAACGCUGUACACAUUCACAGUCUACUGGAUUGGACAUGGGAUUGGCGGGUUCGGGGUGAAUUACGCUUUGCCUACUGUUAUCUAUGAGCUUGGUUUUACUUCGACCGCUUUAUCACAGCUGAUGAAUAUUCCUCCCUACGUCGCAUGUUUUUUCUUCUUGAAUACUCUUGGGUAUCUGCUACACAAAGGAUGGAUCAGACCUUGGACAACUGCUGUCGCGAUCGAAAGCACGACAAUCAUCUGCUAUAUCAUUCUGAUUACAGUUCCAAAUUCAAUCGUCAAAUACCUCGCUUUGGUUGUAGCUACUGCUUGUGCCGGAUCUGCAUACCCUGUCAUCUGGCCAGAACGUAUUCGUGCGCUUGAGGGUACAGUGGCCGUGGGGAUUGGUAUUGGACUGACAAAUGCCAUGGCUCAGUUUAGUGGCAUUGCUGGACCUCAUAUAUACAGUACGGUGUUCGGGCCAACGUAUCGAGUGUCAUACGUUAUCUGUCUUUGUUUCCUGUGUGCGGCUAUCUCCGGGAUUCUGGCUUCGUGGUGGCUUGUCUGGCGGAAAGAUCAGAGGAAUGAAUUAGACAGUGAGCGUGAGGAAGAUGCGUGA